UCUCAAAAAUAGUUUUCAAAAAGAUGAAUUACCAAACAACUAUAGGUUUUACAUGCUCAUUGCUCACUUAUAUCGUUUCUUACACCGACUUCCGGCAGCGUUCUCCGGCAACCCGGAACCGUCCUUCCUGUGUGAGAGUGGAGCCUUGCCUUGCCACCGUAAUCUUCCACUUUCAUCUUACUGAUGCUGUUUGUCCUCAAUUGCCGCUAGUGUGAUUGUCUUUCAACUUAUGCUUUCUCCAAACACUCGGAUAGUUAUUAGUAGUGAACAAAACGCUUGACUUUCAAUACAGAUAAUAAUAUUCAAGAUUCAUACCUAGAGACAGGAAAAAGGCAACCACGGGAGUGAAAAACAUGGGGCCAUUUAGGUCUAUUAUUACAGAAGCAUGUGAAAAAGCAUUCAUUUUAACAAAGUUAUUCUGCUUUUUACAUGUUACUGACACCUAUCUGAUCGACCCUGUUAUGACCUAUGGUCCUAGCAUGCUUCCUGCAAUCGGUCUGUCACCAAGCCUCUUUCUUACUGAAAGGAUCUCAACUCGAUUUGGUAAACUUGCUCAAGGAGAUAUUAUAGUACUGCGCAAUCCUCAAAACCCUAGAAGGACCAACUCAAAGCGCUUGGUUGGAUUAGAGGGUGAUACCAUUACAUAUGUUUCUAGUUCCGAAAACAGCGAUAUGCAUGAGACUGUUGUGACCUGGCAUUCAUUUGGCUUCUUCAUUUUAAGAAUGAGCUUGGCCACGUUUGGGUACAAGGUGAUAACACAUAUAAUAGCAACGAUUCUAGACAUUUUGGUCCAGUUCCUUAUGGCCUUAUUGAGAGUAAGCUAUUUUGGAGGGUAUGGCCACUUGAAGAUUUUGGACCGUUCUGGAAAAAAUGAUUUGAAGAUUUCAAUAAUAGGACUUGCUCAACAUAUUUUAAGGCCCAAGACAAACUAUAAUAUGAGGUCCAUCAUGUUAAAGAUUAUUUUUUUGAUGAUACGUUAGAGAUAUAUAUAACUUAUUUGUUGCAAAAAUAUUUAUAUAAACUUUUGAUUUAGUGGUAAGAUUGUUUUUCAAUUAAAACUCAUGACUUGGGUUUGAACCUCUGAGUGAUAGUGCAAGUAUUCCAUUCCAA